UUCAAAGAAAAAUAUUGAAAAUAAUAAAAUUUCAGACUAGUCAAAAAGGAAAACUCAGCGACGGGAAGAAGAAACGUUCAAGACUUCCAAAAGACAGAGUCAGGGGUCUCUGGUAAAGAGAGAAAGCGAGAAAAUUCGAAAUUUUUUCUUAAUUGUUGUAAUUUUUUGGGUUUAAAUUAAGAGCUGGAGCUUGGAUUCAAGGUUGUUUUCCGAAUUUUAGAAAGAGGGUUCAAAUUGAGUCCCUUUUGGUUAUUCAUCUUGGAACAAUACAUUUUUAUAUGGUUCCCUGCUCAUUGGAUAUUGGUCAACAAGUAUCAUGUUUUGCAGUGGAUUCCCAAGUGAGAUGCAGGGAAAUGAAAUAGCUUGCUGGACUUCUAAGUCUUGAGAAAUUAUGUCACCUGGCGAUUUCUUCACCUUGACUGAGAUGAAUGAUGGGCUUACAACCCCUUCUCGAGUCAGGGAACUUGUGGCUGUCAUGCAGAAAGAUAGAGAUUGUAUAAUGAAUGUUGAUGAUGCAACAAAGCAGUGGUCUGCAGUUGCAAGAACUUUAGCUGCCACUGAGAACAAGGACUGUCUCGAUCUUUUUGUUCAGUUAGAUGGGCUCCAGUUUAUUGAUAUAUGGUUGAAGGAUGCCCAGAAGUUCAGCAGUGAAUCAGGUGAGAGCUUUAUGGAAGAGUCAAUUUCUCAUUUACUGCGAGCACUUGAAAAGCUGCAUGUAGAUAAUGAGAAAUUGGUUUCUUCAAAAAUCUGUACUACUGUGAAGGAUCUUCUUGGCCAUAAUAGUUCCAAGGUACUGGAUAGAGCUCGAGCUCUGUUGGAUAGCUGGGAAAAAGAUAGAGUUAGCAAUGCAUCUUCUGUGACUACUGAAAGAAUUGGGCCUUCGGCAGAUAAUGACACGCGACUAGCCGAUAUUGAGAAAGAUAGUAGACACUCAGAAUCUUCUUUUGGAGGUGCUCUUAUUCCAAGAGAUAAUGCUGGUGAAGAAAAGUGUCAGCAAUCAACCAAAAAUCACCCAAUGCCACCUACAAGUUUAAAUGCUCUUGAACCUGACCAUGUUGAAAGUGCACAAACUUUUGACAGAAUUUUGGACCACCCAGUUGUGAAUGAUAGAACUUCAGAUCUUGUCGACUUUCCUUCUUCCUCGAAGUCUGCUAAUGAAAAUGGCUUCAUUAAGGUGGAGCCUCUUGCAUGUCAUCCUGUAGGUACUGCCUCAGUUGAUUCAUGCAGUCCAGCGGUUGCAAGACAAGGUUUUCAUGAUGAGGAGACAGAUUUGAAUGAGUUGGAGUCGGCUCAUGAUAUAAUGCAGACUAAACAGAAUGAAAGUUCUCCCGAGAAAGUUUGCUUAUCUGAUGAAUUUAAGCUGUUAGGAGAUCAACCUUUUUCUUCAACUUCUGAAGCUGCAGAUGCGUCAAGUUCUGCAAUAGAGUCUAGCUUACUGAAACUGUCAGGUUCUAUGGAGAAAGUUUCUUGCCAGAAAAGUUCAUCUUCUGUUGAUGUGAGGCCAACUGACUCUGAAGGAAAGGAUGCAGUUGAUGAUGGUGAGUGUUCACUUCAAUGCAGAAGCCCAAGUGCACAAAGAACUGAAGAGAAUGCUGAAAUUGACACUGUAUUACAGAACUCGUCCACCAGUGAGCAAAGCUGGGAAAAUUCCAAGAAUUCAAGUGCAUUUUCGUUGAAGAUUGAAGAUGAGGGAGGGAUUAACAAGAUUGACCAGCUUGAUAUUGAUGGAAGUGACGAUGCUCGGGCAAAGGAUUAUGAUUUUGGGAAAAACAUUGGUCGUCGAGAACCUGAUAUGACCAACAAGAAAUCUAUUGUUGAAUCAGACUAUGAGAUUCUAGAUCCAUUAGAAGUUGCUCGGCAAGUGGCCAUAGAAGUGGAGAGAGAACUUGUAGAUUAUAGAGAACAAAGUUGCAGUUCUUCUGAGAAAGCACCAGAAGGUAAAUUGCAGGUGCCAGAUAGACCUGACUUCUUAAGCAAAAAAGGAUCCCAUGCCAGCAAAGGCUCACCUGAGGUGGCCCACUACCCAGAUCUGUCUACUGAAGCUUCGCUGAUGCUGGAGGAGUCUGCAACUAGUAGUGAAAACCUUGAUGCUGAGCCAAUAAAUGAUGCACAAGAUGUUGAAACAUCUCAGGUCACUGAGGUUGCUCAAGAAGAAGCCAAUAUGGCAAGAGGCCUAUGCAAUAUCGAUCUGAAUCAAGUUCAUUCAGAAGAUACGGAUCCCCCUGUGAAUCAAAUUUCUACUGCUGUCUCUAUUUUUUCUGCUUCAAGGGCGACAGCGGCUCCUGGAUUGCCUGUUGCUCCAUUUCAAUUUGAGGGGAAAUUUGGAUGGAGAGGUUCAGCUACAACCAGGGUUUUCCGUCCAGCAUCACCUCGCCGGAUGCCUGAAGGUGAUAAGGAUCUUUCCACGGGGGAAAGCAGUAGCAGUUCAAAGCAGCGACAUGGAUGUCUUGACAUUGAUCUGAAUAUAGCUGAGAGUGAAGAUGGUAGAAUAGGAGACCUACCAGAUAAACAGGUUCCAGUAUCCUCCACACUUCUUUCUGUUGAAUCUUCAGUGGAGGCAAACUCAAGAUCAGAACGUCUUGAGUUGGAUCUUAAUAGAGCAAGUGAUGAUGGUGAUGUUCCAUCAGAUUGGAAGAUCAACGGACAGAUCUUUCCCAAGAGAAAUGGCAAUCAGAGUCAGACUCUUUCUCCUUCAUCGUCAUUGAAGCAAUCUUCUUUGAGGAAUAUUGAUCUUAAUGACCAACCGUCUUUUCUCAAUGAUUAUUCAGAUCAUUCCCAUUUAACUAAGUCACCUCAAAAUUUAAAUGCUUCUGGAGAUUUAAAGUCAGACGAGUCUGUAAUAUCUAUUAUGGGCACAAGAGUGGUGGUCAAGCGUAGAGAUUUCGUUCCUCAUACUCUACCCUUGCCAAAUGGCAGAACUCCAGAGCUUGAAUUUGAUGUUAACUUGGCGAGAACCAGUAGUUUUCUUGGGAUGGGAUCUGCACCUCCAUAUGCCCCUUCUACCUUAUACAAGUACAAUGGCAUUUCACCAAGUAAUGCUAUGCCUUUCCCCACAUUGUAUGGGACUGCUGGCCCCAUUCCUUACAUGGUGGAUUCUAGAGGAACACCUGUUGUUCCUCAGAUUGUGGGCUCUGCAUCAGCUCUACCGCCUGCAUUUUCUCAGCCACCAUUCCUCAUAAGUAUGACUUCCUCAACUCUUUCAAAUGGGGUCUUGCCGUCGCAGGGCAGUUUUGAUCUUGACUCCAGGCUGCUGUUGGAAGGUGGAAGUAGGGGCCCUACAGGCUUGGGACUCUUGUCCAAUUCAGCUUCAUUCAGAUCAACUGACGAGCAGUUGAGGUACUAUCCCCAACCUUCCAUCAGUUCAGUUGGUGAGAAACGAAAAGAACCAGAUGUUGGGUGGGAAUAUUACCCAUUCAAACAUUACACACCACCAUGGAAACAGCGGUAAUUUAGACGGGCUUCCUUUCUUGUUCAUGAGAUUCGCAGCAAUUAGAACAGGGUAAUGGUUUUACAGCUAUAUUUAACCCAAGUUGGAGAGAGGUUUACAGAAUCUGAAUAAUGAUAGGAAUUGUGGGUGUGAUUAGAUUCUUUACAUUAUUUAUGCAGAGAAGAAUAUAAUCCUAGGUUUUAUUGCUUUCAAGUGUGUCUAAUUUCUUUGGUCCUUGGUCCUUAUGUUGUAGAAGGCACUUCACAAUCACAGGAAACUUAUAUGUGAUCUUUAUAUAUAUAAGUGCAAUUUACGGUACUUACUUAUAUGUGAUCUAUGUAUUGAAUUCAUACAGAUGUAGAAAAUUGUGGAACUGCA